AUGUUUAGAAGAAAGAGUAUAGCCAUUUCCUUGAUCCUUUUCCUACAACUUUCAGCAAUUUGCAAUUCAGCCCCUCUCUCAACCCAAUCCCGGUGGAUAGUCGAUGAGGCAAGCGGACAGCGCUUAAAACUAAAGUGCGUGAACUGGGUUUCCCACUUGCAGCUCAUGAUAGCCGAAGGGCUCGACAAAAUGCCCUUGAGUCUCAUUGUGGGGAACAUAUCCCAAUCGGGCUUUAACUGCGUGAGAUUUUCAUGGGCCACGUAUAUGUUCACCAGGCCCGAAUAUUACGGCCUUACAGUUACACAGUCACUCGAUAAGUAUAACUUGGUGGCCGCGAAAGCAGGGGUGGAUAAGCACAACAAGUGGAUUUUGAAAAUGAAGAUAAGGGAAGCUCACGAGGCCGUAGUGAAGGAGCUCGGGAGAAAGAGACUUAUGGUGGUGCUCGAUAACACGAUUAGCGAGCCCGAGUGGUGUUGUGAUGGCAAAGAUAGCAAUGGCUUUUUUGGGGAUUCGAAUUUUAAUCCAGAAGAAUGGUUGAAUGGCUUGAGAGAUGUUGCAAGAAGAUACAAAGGCAAUGCUGCGGUGGUUGGUAUGAGCAUUAGAAAUGAGCUACGAGGCUCCCGGCAAAACUUGCCCGACUAUAAUAAAUUCAUGCAAGCUGGACAAACACCGUUCACCAAGAAAGUCCUCAUCUUCUUCUUUCUAAAAACAAAGCCAUUAAGUCUACAACUGAACAACAAAUUAGUCUUAGAAGCUCAUUGGUACACAUUUGGCAUCUCGGCUGCUACAUGGACCAGACGAACUAACUUUGUAUGCAAUUAUAUAACUCAAGCAGCUCGCAACAAUUAUCUUUUCUUGAUAAACGGCGACAACCCUUUUCCCCUUUUUCUAAGCGAAUUCGGUAUAGACCAAAGUGGCGAAAACGAGGCAGACAACAUGUACAUAAAUUGCUUGUUAGCAGAAGUGGCGGGAAAGGAUAUCGAGUGGUCACUGUGGGCCCUUCAAGGAAGCUACAUGCUUAGACAGGGGAAAGUCAAUGCUGAUGAAGCUUACGGAGUUUCGGAUUUUAACUGGGAUCAUCCAAGAAAUCGCCACAACUGCAAAUACGCGAGCCGGUGGGACCAAGAAGGGAGCCGGAUAAAGCUGGCCGGAACUCAACAGUGCCUCAUGGCUAACAGAGAUGGGGCCGUAGCCUCUGUUACGAAAGAUUGUUCGAGAGGUAAUUGGCAGUUUGCAUCGAGCUCGGGACUUCAUUUAGCAGUCCAGAUUGAACAAGGCAAGUAUCUGUGCUUGGAAAAGAAUGCUUAUGGACCUAAAAUCAUUACCAAGAGAUGCCUUUGUGUUGAUGACAAACUAGCUGAUCUCAAAACUUGUGAUGAAAAUCCACAAGUUCAAUGGUUUAAGUUAGUUCCUACCAAUGUGUGA